UGAAUCCUGCUCAUGUGUUUGAGCAACAGAAGUGAGUCCGAAUUUAGUUGAUUUAGUUUGAAUAGGUGCAAAUCUGCAGGAGUAUUUUUACUACUAACAGUGUGAACUGACUUCAGCAUGGACUGUCGAGUGCUGUCAAUACAGAGUCAUGUGGUUAGAGGAUAUGUAGGAAACAAAUCAGCCACCUUUCCUCUGCAGGUCCUGGGAUUUGAAGUGGAUUCGAUAAACUCAGUACAGUUCUCCAAUCACACAGGUUAUGAACACUGGAAAGGCCAAGUUCUGACGGCUGAUGAGCUGCACAUUCUUUAUGAGGGGAUUAAACUUAACAAAGUCAACCAUUAUGACUACGUUCUUACAGGUUAUUCUCGGGAUGUUUCGUUUCUGGAGAUGGUGGUGGACAUCAUAAAUGAGCUGAAGACAGCCAACCCCAACCUUGUAUACGUUUGUGAUCCAGUACUGGGAGAUAAUGGAGCAAUGUACGUUCCAGAAGGAUUGCUGCCCGUGUAUAGGGAUAAAGUGGUACCAAUUUGUGACAUCAUUACACCCAACCAGUUUGAGGCGGAGCUUCUCACAGGCAGAACGAUCAGAACAGAGAAAGAUGCACUUGAGGUGAUGGACCUGCUGCAUGCUAUGGGUCCUGAGACUGUAGUCAUUACCAGUUCUAAUCUGCUCUCACCAUUGGGGGAUCAGUACCUGGUUGCCCUGGGAAGCCAAAUCACAGUGAAAGCCGACGGCGCUACAGAAAAGCAGCGUAUCAGAAUGGACAUCCCUAAAGUAGAUGCGGUGUUUGUGGGGACAGGAGACCUGUUCGCUGCCCUGCUACUAGCAUGGACGCACCAUCAUCUGCACGAUCUCAAGACAGCCUGUGAGAAGACUGUGUCUGUGAUGCAGCAUGUCAUUAAGAAGACCAUCACCUACGCCAUGGAGGCGGCUGGUACCGAGAGGAGGCCGAGUCCUGCCGAGUUGGAGCUCAGGAUGGUUCAGAGUAAAGCGGACAUCGAGGAUCCGGCCAUAAUCAUGGAGGCUGUGCUUUUGUAGGAUCUCACCUCCGUCCUCUUUAACACAAGGUUCAGCGGACUAGAACGUACCAUCGUGUAGGUUAGGUAUCUCUAACGAAUAUCUAAUAUCCAGGUACACGUGGGCCAUCCAAAUACUAACCGAACAUUACCUGAAGCCGUGUUAGGUCAUGUUAUUGUUCAAUAUCCAGACUGUACGAGGAUCUGAAUCCGUUUUAAUGUUUUAUCUGAGGAAUGAAAGUGCAUUCGGAUGAUUUGUUUUGGGUACUGUGUUAAUAAGGCACUUUGAUUAACACCACUCACUGUCAUACUAUAAUAUAUGCACUGUACUGUACACAGACUGAAAUAGAAAGCUGUAAUCAUUAUGUGUAUCAGUAUUAAUUUUAGAUUUUGUAAUUUAAGUGUUGAAAAUACACAAGCUGUUUGAAUUCUGCAAUGCACAGAAAUGAGUUUGUUAGACCCGUUGCUUACAGAUGUAUAAAAUCAGUUAUAUAAAAUUAAUCACAAGCCUCUAACAUCCUGGAAACAGUUUGAGGAAGCUCCAGAAUGCCGGUUAAUAAAGACAUGUGUGAUCAGUUUGGUGUGGAGGAAUUCCAAUGGCCUGCGAUUAUUAAACACGAUUGAUUGCGAGUCUGGGAUUCUCGUCCACCGUCAGUGCCGUUGACUGAAGGGCUCGUAUUCCCACAGAUGCACUCCGAAGUAUUAUAGAAAGCCUUGCCAGCAGGACAGAGGAGACUGUUUUAGCUGCAAAUGGCAGGAAAACCAUAUCUUAGGACACAGAUGUUCUGUGUUAAGUGGCUGUGGCAAUGUGGAAAUCUUUCUGUUUAAACCACAUUUCGACGGUUUGCUGGUUACAAUAUGGUGAGCAUGUCACAACCAGUGGGCGUCACUCUUUGUGUAGAAUUUCUUUUGUUUGUUUUUAAACAAGAUCUGAAUUAAAUUUAGUCAAACACAA